AAAUAGCUGGACAGACCACAUUCUUAAUUAAAUGCACAGCACGUGCUCACUCUUCAACUUGACCACCUGUCUUCUUCUUUUACUCUCCUCUACUACAAUUUUUUUAGUGGGGCUACUAGCCUACUACUACAGCUACCCCAUCCCGGCACCCAAGAAAGAGAGACCUACACUUUCUCUGCCAUCUGUCUCCGGUUGUGUUUCUUGCCGAGAUUGUUUGCAUUUUACCGAAAGGGUUUCUUUUCCAAAAGAUUUACUUAUGGCUGAACGCGCGCAAGUACCUAAAUUUGGCAAUUGGGAAAGUGAAGAAGAAGUUCCCUACACAAUGUACUUCGAUAAUGCGAGAAAGGGAAAGAAGAGCGGUCAGAUUUAUCAAACCGAUUCUCAAGAUAAUAUCGAAAAAUCAUCCGAAUCAAAAACACGAAAUCACGAGCGACACUCUAGCCGAGAAGAAGAAGAGAGUGAAGCAAUAAAAGGUACUCACAAAAGACAAAAUCACGGAAAUGAAGACAAAUCGGAACGGAGGGUUCCGGAAGCUCUUAGGAAGAGGCACGAGCGUGGACCGAGCAGAGAAGAAGGCGAGAUGAGGAGAGCUAUUAUGGAUUCUCCAUUGAGGAAUAGUAGUUCCAACUCGCCACGUCAUCGCCUAGGUGGCGAAACCCCGAAGAGGGUUGCCGCUAGGCAGGGUUUGGGGCCCGAUCAGUCGCCACAUCAUCCGAAUUCGAGGGUCGGUGGGAAAAAUAAUAAUAAUGGGAUUUCUUCUCCUUCUUGGGAAAGGAAAGGUGCAUCCGAAGGAAGUAGCCAUCAUGGCCUUGCACCUUUGACACCUGGCAGAUCGCGAUUGAGAUCUGUUACACGAGGCGAUGACUCGCCUGAUAGGAGCCCUGCAGUUCCAAAAUUCGGUGAUUGGGACGAAACGGACCCCGCAUCGGCAGAAGGGUACACACAGGUAUUCAACAGAGUGAGAGAAGAGAAACAUAGUGAAACUGGAAAAGUACCGAUCAUGCCUACUGAAACAUCUUACUCCAAUUCUCAGAAGCAAUACCGAAACGAUAAUUCAAAGGGAUGCUCUUGUUUUCCGUGGUCGAAAAGGUGACGGAUAAUCACGGCGUAUGUAGUCCGGGAGGGCGGUGUAUAUCGGCAUAUUCUUGAAGCUUAUUUUUUGUAUAGAGAUUGAGGUAAAGUAAUAACAUUCAUUGGUUGCUUAUGAGGCACAAAAUAAUAUUUUUGUUGCACGAGAUUAAUUUUUUUCUUGGUCCGGUAUUUUUUUUGAAUUUGCAUAAUCUCCGUAUUCAGUUACUCCUUGAAUGUGUACAAAACGUGUUUCUUUUUCUUUUUCGAACAUGAUGCUUUUGGUUAUUGCAA